AUCUAUAUCUGAAGAAUCUUGAUUUGGGAGGUGUUAUACAGGCUUUUCCUCACAAACUUUCUCAAAUAAAUGCUUUGAAAUUCAGAACCUUCAACAGUCAUUCUCCGGUGUGAAGAAUAUAUAGUAUAGUUGGCAGUUCCCUGCUGUUGUCUUUCUGAUGUAACCCUGAAUUAAGAUUGUAGACCUCUUCCCUCGAUUGCAAUUUUUUCUCAAGUUUUUUUCCUCUCUGGACAUUUUCCCAGCAUUGCUGGGGUCCACACCUGCAUAAGGCAUGUCCUAGAGACAUACUUCAGAGACUCCUAAUACCCUGAACAUGGACAUGUCCAGUUAGAUUUGUACGUGUCUUUAAAGAAAUAAGAUGUCUGUUAGUAAAGUGCUAUGACCUCAGGUUCCAGAAUAUCAACACAACAUUCUUUAGAAGAGAUGCUUCACUUUGGAUGAAUCUAAGUUUAGAAUCAGUCAGCCUCUUGUCAAGGGGAGAAGGAGAGUCCCAGCGACAGGAAAGCGCCUCACUAUGAAUUGGUUUGGAAAUUACUUCUCUAAAUUUCCUGAGGAUGUUUCCUUCCUCAAUGUACACUCACCUCUGUUGCUUUCACUCCUCUCAUCUGAAGAUGAACAACAUUUUAUUUCCAGUAUGAGGAGCCAUGGGCCAGCUCAGGCUGUGGUGAAGCAGCCUGUCCAGGGAACGCCUGGCAGGACCACCAUCACAGCGAUUGUCCAGACUGGGGGAGACUGGAGCACCGGCCUCUUCAGUGUCUGCAGAGACAGGAGAAUCUGUUUCUGUGGUCUGUUUUGUCCAAUGUGCCUCGAGUGUGACAUCGCCAGGCAUCAUGGAGAGUGCCUUUGUUGGCCACUGUUACCUGGGUCCACCUUUGCACUGAGAAUUGGCACCAGAGAGAGAUAUAAAAUACGGGGCACCCUGUGUGAGGACUGGCUCGCCGUGCACUGCUGUUGGCCCUUUUCCAUCUGUCAGGUGGCCCGGGAGCUCAAGAUGAGGGCCUCCCGACUCUACGAAAUCUAUGCAGCUCCUUCAACCAAGGACAACAACCUUAUUUGACAGAGCGAGAAAACGCCUCCUCCUUACGCCCCUCACCCUCCUCUCAAACCCCUCUUAGAAGAGAGAUUGUUCUUAAGCUUUCACGGAAAUCAUAUGAAAAUAAAUUAUUUCUCCCCUACCGUCUUUACUCUCAUUCUUUCUUCACACACACCUCCGAUGACGUCUCUCUGGCAUUUGUCUGGAUCAGCUAUUCCAGCCUCGCCACAUAGAGAUGAGCUUGUGCCUUCUACACCUGCCUGGAGUUGGAGAAGGUUGCAUUUUCCCUCAUCUUCCUACCACCAGCCUUCCCUGGGAAGCUUUCUUCCGCUAACCCCCUUCACCCACAGAGCCAGUAGUGGGGCAGGAGAUGGUUAAUCUUAGUUAGCACCUGGUCUGGACACUAAGUCUCGCUAAAACAGAGAAGCAUCGUCCUUCCCUUGUCCUGACUCCUUCAGUCGCCACUGCAUGAAGGAGACGGUCUCAGGUGGCUGCCGAUCUUGGACACUCUCCAACACUGGCAGAUCUUCGGCCCCAAGCUUGAAGCCUUAGGUGGGCAGCUGAAUUGGUCUGCCUGUCCGCCCCCCAACCCCCCGCCACAAAAAAAGAUAUGUUGAAGUCCUAACUCCUGGCGAGUGUGACCUUACUUGGAAACAGGGUCCUGCAGAUGUAAUUAAGCUAAGAUGAGUCAUUAGGGCGGGCCCAAAUCCAGCAGUGACUGAUGUCCUCACAAGAAGUGAUGAGGCACAAAGACAGACACAUAGCGGGAAGACGGCCAUACGAAGACACAGAGAUCGGCGCGAUGCAGCCACAAACCAUGGGAUGCCUGGGGUGACCGGAAGCUGGAAGAGGCAAGGGAGGUCUUGGAGGGAGCAUCGCCCUGCCCACAUCUUGAUUUUGGACUUGAAGCCCCCCAGAACCGGGAGAGAUUGAGUUUCACUUGUAAGCCAGCCAGUUUGCAGCACUUGGUUACCGAAGUCCUGGGAAGCCGGUACGCCAUCCGUCAGCCCCAGGAAUGGAAUACUGCUUUUGUCAGGGCGGCGGCACAGAACAGGCCUGACGAGCCUGUGUCCUGAAGCCCGAACUGCCACCCCCAUUUGCUGAGUAUGUAACUAUGUGCAAAUUUUCUAAUGCCCCUGUGCCUCAGUUUCUUCAUCUGUAAAAGGAUGAUGCUGACCUCAGAGGGCUGUGAGGAUUCUAACAAGUCAGGACUCUUAGCCCACUGCUUGGCAAGUAGCAAGGACUCAGUAAACAUUUGUUAUAACAAUUUGACUGCUACCUUAUAGUCACAGCAAAUUAUGUUAGUUUUCCAUUUACAGCUGGGAUAUAAAGUUUUCUUUUCAAUUAAAUUUUAGAUUAAAAUGGAAUCCAUUCAAAUAAUCUUAAGUAAGUAACAGUAUGGAUGGUUGGUGGAUGUGGCAAACAUUUUGAAAGGUGGUGAAACUCAUUUUAGUGGCUAUGCCAGGUCCUGUUCAAAGUGCUCUAUGUGUUUUGAGACAUUUAAUCCUUACACCCCUCAAGAAGAUGCUAUGAGAACUCCAUUUUCCAGAAAAGGAACCGGAGCCACAGAGUAGCUAAGUGAUUUGCCCACGGCCACACAGCUGCGAGGCGCCAGGCAGUUAGGUUCUUGAGGCUGUGCUCCUGACCUCCGCACUAAGCAAGUGGAGAAGGCUUCUGGCCGAGGUCUUCCUGGGCCUUCGGGGUUGUACAGCUGGGAGUUUGCUCUCCAGAGACGAACCCAGGCUGGGAAGCUCCGAGAGGCUGUGGCGGCCAUCUGCACAGACCCCCAGCCGUUCCUGUCUGACACAGUGAUG